AAUAGCUGAAAGCUGAAAGGAAAUAGCGAAGCAGUAGCUGUGAAUGCAUCAUUGUGAACCAUUGUGGCAAGAAAAAGGGAAAUAAGAUGUCUUUCGCAGAAUCUAGUCAGAUUUUGAUGUCAUGCACGCCAGUAGAGAGUCAAGUUACAGAAUGUGACAAAGAAUUGUUUAUAGAGGAAGUUCGGAAAUUUCCAUGUCUAUGGAACAUUUAUUCUACUGAUUACAAAGACAGAAACAUCAAAAAUAAUGCAUGGCAAGAAUUGGCAAGAAUAUUUCAAAAAGAUUGCGAAUUCCUUCAAAAACAACUAAAAUAUUAAAAAGACAACCUGAAAAAAUGUCUCGACAGAAGAACAAGGAUGACAAAAUCAGGUGCAGCUGCUUCGUCGUUACCAAAAUGUAACUAUUUUGAACAGAUGUCCUUUCUUU